AUGGAUCUUAUCGAGGCACAUCAUGCCACACACAUCAAAGACCUAAAGACCCGACUUACUCGUAACCAACGACUUACUCUAUACACAGAAUUUGGCAUUCAAUGGGAAGAGACGGCCAAGCAGUGUAUUGAGGUAUACAAUGAAGAACUACUAUCGCAUCAAGCCUCUAUGCCAUUCGAGGACCAUAUCCAACAGAACAAUCAUCAAGACACCUGUACUCGCCCCACACACACUGACACCACAUUCUUCGACGACCUCUUGCGCAUCAAUCACAUGGACAAACACACCUUUUGUAUGUCUAUCCACAACCUCAUGAAUAAGAAGCUCGACCGUGUCAACACUCUAUGCAUCGAAGGGCCUACUACAACAGGGAAAAGCCUCUUCCUCAAGAUGAUAUGCCAAAACCACCAAUUUGGUACUGUACAACGCUCCGGGGACCAUUCCCAGUUCUUCUUACAAAAUCUCCUAGACAAAUCCGUUGCUCUAAUGGAAGAACCCCGCAUCACCAUCCAGACGGUCCAAGACUUUAAUGAGCUCCUAGGACGCACGCCCUUUGACAUACACGUGAAGCACUCACCAGAUCCUCAAUACAUACAUCACCCCCCAUCGACGCAGCUGCUAUAUAUGCUCGAUGCCACAUGUAAAAGUUCACUGUUCAAGUCGGCACGCCGGAACUACCACAACCACGAAUCACUCUCUGCGCCUGUCACUUUGCCUCUUGGUAUGGCCGCGUAUGGCCGCGACUCAACAACAGAGAAUGAUGCCACGGCCAACACUACCCCCUCUAGUGCUAAACGGAUCCGCCUCCUUCGACCAUUAUACAACACUACCACAAUCACCAUCACACGCAAACAACACCUCAUCAUCAACCAAUACAAACCUGCAGACACCUCUGACACACUCUAUCACAUGUCUACCCCUAUCCGUAUUUGA